AUGCCCGGCAGGGAGAAGCCCUUUAGGUGCUUGGAAUGUGGGAAGAGCUUCAGGGGCAACUCCAACCUGAUCCAACACCAGCACAUCCACACUGGGGAACGGCCUUACAAAUGUGGGGAAUGUGGGAAGAGCUUCAGGGACAGCUUCAGUCUCAUCCAACACCUGCACAUCCACACUGGGGAACGGCCCUAUUUGUGUGCGGAAUGUGGGAAGAGCUUCAGGGACAGCUCCAAUCUCCACAACCACCAGCGCAUCCACACUGGGGAACGGCCCUACAUGUGUGGGCAAUGUGGGAAGAGCUUCAGCAAGAGCUCCAGCCUCCACAUCCACCUGCUCAUCCACACCGGGGAACGGCCCUAUAUGUGCUUUGAAUGUGGAAAGAGGUUUCCAACCAACGCGAAUCUCCUGCAGCACGAGCGGACGCACACGGAUGAGAGGCCCUUCCGCUGCACUGACUGCGGGAAGGGCUUCAACCGAAAGUCCACCCUCAUCACCCACCGGCACAUCCACACUGGGGAGAGGCCCUACAAGUGUGGGGAGUGUGGAAAGAGCUUCACCCAGAGCUCUAACUUGACCAGACACCAGCGGACCCACCAGUAAGAGAAGCCCUACCAGUGCCCCGACUGCAGGAAGAGCUUCGGCCGCUGCUUCCACCCCAAAUGAAGCCCCUGAUGAGGAGGCAACCCCUGGAGUCCAGUGACUGUCAGUCCAUCCCUUUCGACCACAAAGGGCCAGUCCCCUUUCCCAGGGGCAGCUUCUUCCAUAAGAACCCGUCUUGGGGGGUGUGUGGAGAUUCCUGCCUUGGCUGGGGACCCCCCAGGGUCACUCCUGGAGGUUGAGAGCAGAGAUCUCCCCACGAGCGUUGGUCUGGGGGAGUUCCAUCCAUCUCUAAUUAAAAUUAUUGCUUUUUUGCCAGCUUGAGUAGAAUUGCUUCAACAAUUGCUUUAGUGUAGAGCCCUGUCCUGUCUUAUCCUGUACUCCUGGUAGUUUCAGCUGAGGAAGAUCUUUUGUCUGAUCAUUUGUAACGCUAAAUAAUUCAUUUCUAUCAAUAGAUCUGAUUUGCCAUCAUUAAAAGCUGGGGGACAAAA